CUGCAGUGACCUCGGUAGCUCGCUAGACAACGAAGUCGGAACAUUCAAGUUCUUUAGAUAAUUUCCUGGUUUGUUUGCCACUUUGAUUUAAACAUACUUAUGCGGAAACAACUAGCUAUCCCAUUGAAUUUAAUAUUUAAGUUGUAAGUCAACUUGCUGGCUGGUUAAGUUAGCACUAGUCUAGUCGCUAAUGCUAACUAGCUAACAUCUCCGACCAUGAGUUCACUAAGCUACUCUCCUGCUGAAGAAGAGGUCUGCUGGACGGAGAAAGAAGCUCACGUGAAAGAGGAGGAGGAAGAGGAGGCUAUUACAAUACAAAAACAAGUAGAGGGUGAGGCUGUUACCGUGAAAGAAGAAGAGAAAGACGCAUUCAGAGUGAAAGAGGACGAAGAUGUUACUGUGAAAGAAGAGGAGGAAUAUUUGGGUUUUGGAGUGGAGGAUGAAGUGAAAGAUGAAGUGGUUUUUGGAAUAAAGGAUGAAGAGGGGGAGAUUACUGUCACAUUAGAGGAGGACGAAGAAGAGAGGACUGGAGAACUGAUUAACACCAGUAAAUACAGAGAGAGAUGUGACUAUCGUGGAUCCUCUGGGGGGCCUCAACAUCCUCAGGGUGCUGACAGGGCAGAGAAGAGUCUCUCCAGAUCAGAACACCUCAAGAAACACCAGCAGAGACCCACAGGGAAGAAAUCUAAUUGCUGCUCUGACUGUAGGAGAGGUUGCAAAUCUUCAUCAGAACUUAAAAUACACCAGAGAACACACACUGGAGAGAAGCCUUAUAGCUGUAAUCAAUGUGGGAAAAGUUACUUAAGAUCAGAUUCACUAAAAGUACACAUGAGAAGUCACACUGGAGAGAAACCUUAUAGCUGUACUCAAUGUGGGAAGAGUUUUAGUCAGUCAAGCAACCUGUUAUCACAUCAGAGAAAACACACAGGAGAGAAAUAUUAUAGCUGUAAUCAAUGUGGGAAGAGUUUUACUACAUCAAGCCAUCUGAUUCGACACCAGAGAACACACACAGGAGAGAAGCCUUAUAGUUGUAAUCAUUGUGGGAAGAGUUUUACUCAGUCAAGCACCCUGGUAUCACACCAGAGAAUACACACAGGAGAGAAGCCUCAUAGUUGUAAUCAAUGUGGGAAGAGUUUUACUCAGUUAAGUACCCUGAUAUCACACCAGAGAACACACACAGGAGAGAAACCUUAUAGCUGUGACCAAUGUGGGAAGAUUUUUACUACAUCUAGUGAUCUGACGGUACACCAGAGAACACACACAGGAGAGAAACCUUAUAGCUGUGAUCAAUGUGAUAAGAAAUACUCUGAUAAAAGAUCUCUGAUUAAACAUCAGAAAAUACAUUCAUGAAGGAGUUGUUUCAUGAUAUCAAUGAAAUAAUGUAGAAUGUUUUAACAUUGUAGUAGGAAUAUUUUAAUGAUGUCACAAUGUAGAACCCUAAAUGUUUGCCCCUUGUCAAUUGGUUUCACCGUAGGGAUGGUGCUUGGUUUCCUCCAGACGUGACACUUGGCAUUCAGGCCAAAGAAUUACAUUUUGGUUUCAUCAGGCCAGAGAAUGUUAUUUCUCAAGAUCAGUCCUUUACGUGCCUUUUGGCAAAUACCAAGCAGGCUGUCAUGUGCCUUUUACUGAGGAGUGGCUUCCCCAUGGCCACUCGAUCAUAAAGGCCUGCUUGGUGGAGUGCUAUAUAGAUGGUUGUCCUUCUGGAAGGUUCUCCCAUCUCCACAGAGGAACUCUGGAGCUCUGUCAUAGUGACCAGCAGGUUCUUGGUCACAUCCUUGAACAAGGCCCUUCUCCCCUGACUGAUCUGU